AUUAUCCGAAAUUGGUCGCUUCCGUAGAGUAGUAUGCUUGUUGUUGAUAUAGCCUGACAUGAAUUACAAGGCAGUGUAUAUAUACGAUUUGUUAUAAAGCACUGAUCAACAUUGCAAAUAGUAAUAAAUAUGUUGAAUCCAGCCACAUUAUAAUUAACUGUAAUGGAUCAAAGCUUUCUUUUCGAAUGGGACACGUCAACGGCGCCCGAUCGAGGUUCAUUCGAUGAUAGUGAUCGAUUUGAAGAGGAAGAUUCGAUUUGCUCUUGGAUAUCCGAACCAGAUAGCUUGGUAAAUAAUUGGCGUGGUUGGAAAAAACAGCUUACCGCUGGAUGUCAGAACUCCAACAAGACUUACUCGGGUAAAAAUACGCAUAGAAAUGGAAUUACUAGUUUAGUGGAACUGUCAGCUCAAGCGGUCGCCUUCUAUAUUCCUUUCGAAGUCGUUGAGCAAUUUUACCCUACCAUACCCGAACAGCUACAGCUUCGCAUAGCUUUCUGGAGUUUCCCCGAAAAUGAAGAAGAUAUUCGCUUAUACUCUUGUCUAGCAAACGGAAGUGCUGAUGAGUUUAAUAAAGGUGAAACGCUUUUCAAAGCACGAAGCGUUAAAGAUUCGAUACAGAUUGGCUUCCAUCUCUCAGCAAGUGUUCUGAUUGGGCAACCAAAAAGUGCGUAUAGCAGUGUUGCUAUUGUCUUUGAUAGGAAAAGGAUAACGCAAUGUACUUGUACAUGUAAUUCAUCGGCUAGUUGGUGUGCUCACAUAGUAGCAUUGUGUCUACAUCGAAUACACUUGGCAGAUAAGGUGCGGUUGAGGGCACCAGUUUCUGAAUCAUUGUCAAGAUUGCAUAGAGAUCAGCUACAAAAGUUUGCUCAGUAUUUAAUUAGCGAAUUACCUCAACAAAUUCUUCCUACUGCUCAACGAUUGUUAGACGAAUUACUCUCCUGUCAAAAUACAGCUAUUAAUACUGUUAGAGGGGCCCCGGAUCCAACAGCUGGACCUUCUGCAGCGGAACAUACGACCUGGUGCCUGGAUGAGAACACCUUGUAUGAUAAUAUUAGAAAGACUUUAGGAAAAUUUUGUGUAGCCUCUCCAGUGGUAUUUAGUGAUGUUAACUACUUGUCCAGUUCCGCUCCCCCAGCAGCAACAGAAUGGCAAAGUUUACUUCGUCCACUUCGAGGACGAGAACCGGAAGGCAUGUGGAACUUGCUGUCCAUUAUUAGGGAAAUGUACAAAAGGAAUGAUAAUAAUGCUGUUCCUUUGUUGGAGAUUGUUACAGAAGCGGUUCUUAAAACCGACCAACUUCUCAUAUGGUGGUUUACUACCAAAGUUUCGUCCAGCUAUUGUGCUCAAGGGGUAACCAACACUAGCAAUGGCCGAAAUGGAGGCUCUAGCCCUAAUAGCCCAUAUGCAGGAUCGUCAUUAUGUGAUGAAGUUGUGCAGUUAUGGCGAAUAGCUGCUCUUAAGCCAGGACUGGAUGCGAACCACCGUCGUGAAUUAGCAACCCAACUUCGCUCGUGGCAUAUGUCUUGCAUAGAAAUAGUUAAAAAGGGAAAGACAUCACCUUCUGGCAGCAUUAGAAAAGCUGAUAUAGAAUUAUUUCCAGGUUUCAAACCAGCUAUAGAAGCAACUCAGCUAGAUUGGAAAAACUUUGUGUUACCAGGAUCAAAUCAGGUUGCUUCUUGCACCAGACCAUGGCGGCUAAGGAAGAGAGAAUCCCACAGUCCUAUGCAGAAGGUGAGACAUAAAUCUUUGGCUGAUUCCGCUAGCUCUAGCUCCGAAGGAUUUUGCGACAAUGCCUUGCCCAAUUUGGAUUCUGAUGAUGAUGAUUUAGACAGGAUUUACGUUUAUGAUCCUCACUUGCUGCGUCAUAAAAUGGCUGCUGCAGAAAAUGAAAGUCGCAAAGAUGACACGAAUUAUUUUGCUGGAAUUAGGAAAAUUGAUAGUGAACAAGAUAUUCUCUAUGCCAGAGCUGAGGCUCUGUAUGCUCAUGGCUUCUCUUCGGAGGCUUGUACCGUUGCAAGGCAAUUGGCCGAGAGUAUGUUAGCUGAUACACCGAAUACCCAGGAUAUUCAAGAAGAAGCAAAGAAAAAACGAUUAGUCAACCAGGCUGCAACGUUUAACAUGUGCUCAUUUUCGACAACAACUCUAGCAAAAGCAUGGUUCUUAUGCAGUGUUCUGGCAGAGGAUGUACAUAGCUAUCAUCUAUGUUUUGAUUUAGGUCUAUUUGCCUUGGAGAUGCCCCGUUCUCCGGGAUGUAACAAGGCUUUGGAAGUAAAGUUGGCUCACCAGGAAGCCGAAUUAGCUAGUUUGUUAAAAAAGAUUCCCUUACAAGCAUCUGAACAUCAGAAGAUUCGACAAAGAGCUGAACAGCUAAGGUCAGGAAAACUAAAGUCAAGAGGGGAGUCAAUGCUCCCAUUAUCAUUAGCUGCUUUUGUCUUUGAUUCUCUUUGCCUUUCAAAAACGGCAUCUGCUUGCUCUCGAUCUAAAGAGGACGAAGAAUUAGGGUUUGAUGCGGCAGUUGCUGCUCUUGGAUUAAAAGCUAACGUCAGCGAAGCGGAACACCCACUCCUUUGUGAAGGUACAAGAAGACAGAGAGGAGAUUUAGCAGUAACCAUGCUAUUACACUACAAGGAUGAUCAAUCAAAGUUAGACCGAAUUUUGGAAAGGCUGCUAGACAGAGAAGUACAUCCGGCCUUUAAAGUACCUUCUUUUUCUGCUUACACAUCUAUGGGAACGAAAACUUUCAAUCCUUCAGCAUUUUCUGUUUCUGUGCAACAACAGCAACAAUAUAAAUCCUUGGCUGCUACUAGAGAAGAAAAAGUUGAAGAUUAUUUAGAAAGAAGACUAAGUGAGCUUUCUACAACUGAGGAUGAAGAGCAAGACAGUAAGGAGAGAUGGGUGGCAUUACGAUGUACAUCUUUUAAAACGGGAACAAGAGCCCGUUCGGUUGGUAUGGCUGCUAUCGACAGCAGUGCACCGGAGACAACAUCAAGCGAUAACAGUCCUACUAUCGUAAGGCGGCAACCAUGGCCAAAGAGUGGAGGACCUCCUUCUGAUAGUGGAUCUAGUGGAAGCGAUGGGUCUUCUAAGCCAAUAACCGGAAGAGAGAGUCCCACUCAGCAAAGAGUUUUGGGAAAUAGACAUAAUAUACCUAUAGCUAUCUCUCCUGGAUCUAAGUUGGGAGUGACCUCCCGCUUCGGCAAGUUGAAGAGAAUUACACCGACUAUUCCUAAUCAACCGUCGGAAGCAGGAGCUCAUUUUAUGUUUGAAUUGGCAAAGAAUGUAUUGAACAAGGCGGGCGGAAGUAGUUCUACUUCUUUGUUUACUCCUCAGCCAGCAUCUCAAAAUGCACACGCAGCUUCCGGCCCUCAUAGAAAUUUGCACAUCUGCUCUUUUUUAAUUGGCCUGUAUGCCCUAGGGAUUCAUAAUUGUGUAACCCCAAAUUGGUUAUCACGAACUUAUUCGUCCCACGUAUCGUGGAUUACAGGACAGGCAAUUGAAAUAGGAGCCGUGGCUAUAAAUAUUCUGAUAGGAACCUGGGAAAAGCAUCUUACACCUCCUGAAGUAGCAACUCUGGCUGAUAGAGCAAGUAGAGGAAGGGAUCCAGCUACUGUUAGAGUGGCUGCCGAGCUCGCUCUCUCUUGUUUGCCACACGCACAUGCCUUAAAUCCAAGUGAAAUACAAAGGGCCCUGGUCCAAUGUAAAGAGCAAUCUGUUAGUAUGAUCGAAGCGGCUUGUCAAGCAGUUGAAAGCGCAGCUAAGGAAGGAGGAGUCUACCCGGAAGUGUUAUUUGAUGUUGCUAAACGAUGGUACGAACUCUAUGAGGACACUACCUGUCAGGGCACCCCUCCUCUGGUUUCGGCACCACCCCCAGCUCAGCCACCACCACCUCCUCCGCAACCUGCUCCUGCUCAUCAGGCACCUGCGGAAUUGGAAGACCCUAAUUUGGUUCCUAUACACUUACCCUUUUCUACUAACGUUGUAGUUGGUCAAGUAGCGCCUCCUCCACUUGCGUAUGCGAAUCCAAACAAUCAACAAACAGCUUAUGUCUCUUAUGGUUAUGGGCCACCAGCUCCUCAAGGUCCUACAGCUUACGUCCCAGCUGCCUAUCAUCACCAUCAAUACACGGCUCCCACGUUUUAUCUUCCUCCGCCCGCUUUCAUACCUUCUCAAAGACCUGCCGUAAUUCUUCCACCGAUCGAACACAUUCAACAAGCCAUUACUCCAGAAUCGGCAGCCCCGCCGGCUCUUCCAGCAAUAUCACCAACCAACUCACCAUCGGGAAUUGGAUACUAUAUGUCGGCAUAUCGUGUGGGAAUGUUAGCUUUGGAAACUCUAUCGCGUCGCGUGCAUGACGAUCGCCCUCAGGUAAAAUACGCAAGAAAUCCAAGCUAUGGCGAAGAUGUUAAGUGGUUACUACAAAUUUCUCUAAGAAUGGGGACGUCCUAUGUCCAACAAUACUGUGGAUCCGUUGUUAACGCCGUGCUCUCACCAUUUGUUUUAUACGACGUCGCAACAGAAGCAGCUCGUUAUUUAGCCAGAGGUAGUCCAGCUCAUUUUCAGCAACAGUUACGUUCACCCAUGCUGAAUGCCGUUCUAAAUAAAUGUCAACAAAUGUUUAUUCAGUCUACUCAUCAUAAGUUGCAUUACCUUCAACCAGCAGAUCACGAGGAGUUGAUUGGCAUUGUCUGCGCUGCUCAGCACGCUUUUUUGCUCAGUCCCGGCGGUUUAGUCCAAUUCCAGGAGAUGUUACAGUCUAUGCGUAGGGUGAAAUCAUGUAAGAAGGAGCUUUGGCAAAGAAUUGUGACAUCUUUGAACGGUUCUUCAGCUAUAUAGAAUACCGAUCUCGCGUUUUGUUUUGUUUUGUUUCCGUUUUUUUUAAUGAUCUCUUCUGUCUAGGACUGUUUAGUGCGGUUAUUUUUUCGUUGUCUCUAUUAUGCCGAAGUGUUGUAGCAGUAAGGCAAGCAAAAAUUCGGUAAAAAAAAUACCGCGACAGUGUUUUCGUGCGUAGUCGAAAUAGUUGAACAUUUUAAAAAAUAAUGUUUUCAAAAAUCAUUGUUUAUAGGAUGUAUCUAUUAAUGAUAUCAUUUAUAGAUAUAUAAGUAUUUGUAAAUGUAAAAUUAUAUUUGAAAAAUAUAAAAAAAUAAAAAUAGACAACAUGUACUUGCAUACAGUGUGUACAUAUAUAUGUAUGUAUGUAUGCACUAUAUGUAUUAUGUAUGUAUAUACAUAUAUACAAAUUUAUAUAUGUGUAUAUAUGUAUAUACAUAUUUCGUGUAUAUGUAUAUAUUUACAUAGAUAUAGUAUAGAUGCG